CCUGAUUGGCUGCUCUUUGCCACUCCGUCCAAUCAGAUCGCUCCUUGCUCGCUGUGGGCUGCGCCGACAUGGCGGCUUUCUGAGUUUACGAAGAAAAAACUAAGGGUGUAAAUAAACAUACUGCACACAAUUUGCUCUAUAUACAUUAUUUCUAGGCCGUCUGCUGUUGAUGAGCUAUCGCACAGACCGGCAAAAAUGUCGAGUGACGGCGGUAAAAAGCAAUUUUGGAAAAGAAACACAGCGAAGGUGCCUGGCAGUAUACAACAUGUUUAUGGAGCCCAGCAUCCUCCAUUUGACCCACUCCUACAUGCUAAUUUGAUCAAAGCUGGAAACAAGCCCCCCUCGACGAGCACGCCAGGAAAGCCGAAAAAAGCCACCACCUUCCAGGAGUUUGAGAGCAUCACCAGCGACGCCUGGGAUGUUGGAGAUGACGAUGAUGAGCUCCUAGCCAUGGCUGCCCAGAACCUUAACAUUGAGGUCGUCAUGGAGACAGCCAAUAAGGUGAUAGAGAACCAUAGCAAGCUUCAGGAGCGAAGGCAGCAGCAGCAGCAGCUGGACGAGGUGUUUGAGCCUGAGGAGAAAGAGGAAGAGGAGGGGCAUGAGGAGGAUGAAAAUGAGCAGGAGGAAGAAGAAGAGGCAGCCGAGACGACAGCAGAACUGUCCUUCAGCUCUGAGCGCCUCCCACACAGCGACAGCAGGCUGGUGAAGUCCCACAGCGAAGCGCCCAUUGGCUCCCCAAAGGAGAUGAUCGGGGAACGGGCUGCACUACAGAGACAACAAUCGCUCCCACAUCGGCCUGUCAUUCCACUCGUGGCCCGCAUGGCAGAUCAGAAUACGUCCGGCACCCCAGCCAUGACGGAGAGAGAGGCCUUCAGACUGGACAAGUUCAGACAGCUCCUGGCAGGGCCCAACACUGAUCUUGAGGAGCUGCGGAAGUUGAGCUGGUCUGGAAUUCCACGCCAAGUUCGUCCCAUCACAUGGAAGCUUCUCUCGGGCUACCUGCCUGCCAACGCAGAGCGCAGAGCCAGCACGUUGCAGAGGAAGAGGCAGGAGUACUUUGGCUUCAUUGAGCAGUACUACGACUCCCGCAAUGACGAGCAUCACCAGGACACCUACAGACAGAUUCACAUUGACAUACCGAGAACUAAUCCUCUUAUUCCUCUCUUUCAACAAGCUUCUGUGCAAGAGAUCUUCGAGCGAAUUCUCUUCAUCUGGGCCAUACGGCAUCCAGCCAGCGGCUAUGUGCAGGGCAUCAACGACCUUGUCACUCCCUUCUUCGUUGUUUACGUCUUCGAGUAUAUUGAGGAAGAGGUGGAAAAUUUCGAUGUUUCCAGCUUGCAGGAGGAGGUGCUGCGGAACAUCGAGGCUGACAGCUUCUGGUGCAUGAGCAAGCUGCUGGACGGCAUUCAGGACAACUACACGUUUGCCCAGCCAGGGAUUCAGAGGAAAGUGAAGGCUCUGGAGGAGCUGGUCAGCCGGAUUGAUGAGACGGUGCAUCGACAUAUGCAGCACUAUGAAGUGGAGUACCUGCAGUUUGCCUUCCGCUGGAUGAAUAACCUGCUGAUGAGGGAACUACCCUUGCGAUGCACUAUCCGGCUAUGGGACACCUACCAAGCCGAGCCUGAAGGCUUCUCCCACUUCCACCUCUACGUGUGUGCUGCCUUCCUGGUGCGUUGGAGGAAGGAGAUUCUGGAGGAGAAGGACUUCCAGGGCCUGAUGAUCCUUCUGCAGAACCUACCCACCAUGCACUGGGGCAACGAGGAGGUGAGCGUGCUCCUGGCUGAAGCCUAUCGGCUGAAGUUCGCCUUUGCAGACGCUCCCAACCACUACAAGAGAUGAGGCUGGCUGAGGGACCCCCACAGCACUGUUACUGAAAUGAGCCCCCCCCCCCAGCCCACCCCAAAGGCUCCCGAUUGCUGCCCCAUCAUUAUGUAGACUUUCACGUGGCGUGUUUAUGGGAUUAAUUCCAUGUACAGCUCUCUCGUCUACCGUUCCUCCAGUUCUCUCUGUUCUUACUAACGUGAGCACUCCAGAUGUCAGCUGUCACCUGUCCAUCAAAAGAAAAGACUUCUCUUAAACCUCCUAAUAGACCCAAUUACCACCCCCCGCCAAAUCUAUGCUAUUGAAAUCCUAUUCCUAAAAAGGUAAGCCACCUAAAAGAUUUCGAAGCUAUGAGGGUGUGUUGUGUAGGCUGAUACAAUUUUAGCAGUUCAUUAGAAAAUGCUGAGCUUUCCAGCCUGGCUUUAGAGGGAAGUACUGAUACUGUGUGUGAGUGUGUGUGUGUGUAUGUGUGUGUGUGAGGAUAGUGAGAGGUGUCACUAAUGGCACAAAUCUUCGAUACCAAGCAAAAAAAGCACGCUUCUGCACUCAGUGGUCUCCAUUGCAAAAGCGUUGUUAUGGUUGCUGGUCAGAAGUGCACUGCAUUAAAGGCAAUAAUUAGGCAUUACUCAGACAGGAAGACAGAAUAUAGAUGCUCAUCCAUACAGCUGCAGAAGCUGUGCAAGAAUACCCACCUGCAAGUAGAAUCAAAGAACACUUUAUUUAAACCUAGGUCUACCUCAGGAGCCAGUCUGCUGAACUGGUGGUGAGAUGGAAUGCGUUACUUGGGUGAAUAUAUCUGCCUCCAUGUUAGAACAAUAGCCAUGAUGUUCAUUUCCCUGAACACUUUACUGUUUUUUUUUUUUUUUUUUUUAAAUCGAUUAAACAAGAUUUGCCUUAAUUUGGCUGCUCCAGUAGGCCUUUUUUACUUCCAGCUUGCCAGCUAUGAAGCAGGUAACUACAUUUCCAGUCUAAGCAUAACAAAUAUCAUAGUCAGCAGGGCUGUUUGGGGAGUACAGCAAAUUUGGUUGCAUUUCUGGCAAAAAUGUUUAAAGCUAUAAUGGCUUCUAAUGAUACCUUAACAAGCCAACAUACUGGCACGGUAUUAUCACACGAUUAACUGAGGAGAAAAGAUUGUGUUGAAGACAAAGUCCCCUUUGGCCAUGUAGAGUUACAUAGACUACGACUGUUGUAGUAAACCUAAAUACAUGUUUAUGUUUAAGUUUGUCAUUUUUCAUAACCAGGUUAUUUAGGUGUCAUGAAGCCUUAUGAACGUGGCCUACAGUAAAGUGUUACCAACAAUCUCCUGGCCUUUUAUGACCUAUGCCAAAUAUAUUCAAAUAAUAAUGCAUGUUUUCAAAUACACUCCUCUGUGCUACCAGCUGAGCAUCCUGCUUUGAGGCAUUUAGUUAGGGCUGUCCUCAGUUCCACAACUCCAAACAAAAUUAGCCUGAUCAUUCUGGAAUACUGGCUGUUCCCUCACUUUCCAAUCAAGCAUACAUCACAUUCAAAGUGAAUCCAGGCAGUUUGAAGAGUAGAGGGUCCUAAUUUUUGUUUGUUACGUUCACAUUUGCACCCAUCACUAGUUAAAGUUGUAAGGCAGUCAUCACUCACGUCUGACCACAACUGGUAACUUAAUUCCAGUUUGUUCAUUGAUAUUACCAUGUAGCACUUUUUUAUAUUUUGAAAAUAUUCAGUAUAAUAAAAUAAUUGAAUUUGUGCUACAGUGAUGAACUGUAAUCUAUUUUAAUACAUUUCCAAUUUACCUGAAUUCACACUGACUGUAUCCAGUUUAUGGUGUUUUGUUUGGAGUUUUGGUCUGAGGGACAAAAUAAAAUGUUUGUUUUGGUUUAACCAGAAGUGUAGUUACCUGCUAUUUUAGAAAGUGAAGGAAGUAUCAACCCUGAAACAUGAAUGAGGCCUGUUCUACUAGGAACAGAGAGCCAACGGUUGUUGGAGAUGGCUGGAGCAUACAAUUAUAGCUGCUCCAACAAAUUAGCCUUUUCAGUUAAUGGACUGUCACUUUGAGCUCCUUUUUGGUGUAAAGAUCCAUACUUGUUGCAUGAAACUGUCAUUAGGAAGUGUAUUUAGGGCAAUCCACUCUCGACAAAGCAGAUCUUUGCAGUAUUCAAACUUUUUGCUCUGCUUCUGAUCAUGUUUGUCAGGCUUUUAAAUUUGUGUAAAAAUAGAUAAAUAAUUGACGAUAUCUGUGAAUAGAAAAACUGCACUCAAAAUCUAUUUUCCUCUGUUUUGUAUUAAACGUAUUCCUUAAAUCAGCUUUUUUUAAAAUACUGCUUUUUUUUCUUUUUUUAUAUACUGUUUACAUGAGCCUAUUAAGUUGUGCCUAACUUCAGAUGUAGAGGUUACCAUCCAAAAUAUUUAUUUUUCUUUAAUGAUAAUGAUAAUUUAAAACAAACUUUGAAGAGCAGAACAUUUUCAGCUAGAACGUUCGGUUCUUCUUUCUGUGAGUGCUGAACCUCGGCUCUGCUCUUCAGCAGAGAGCUCACAGUUUGAAGAAGACUCGUGCUAACCAUGCUAACUGACACGUGCUGUCCAAAGACUAACAUUACUGGACAUGUACCAUGCUGCGUGUUAUCCUUUCUGUCUUUCUCUCUUUCUCUUUGUCUCUUCCUCUGACUAUUGCUCUCUUUCUCUUUCAUCUUUUUUUUUUUUUCGUUAUUCUUGUUUACUCCAGUGUUGGAGUAUUUUGUUUUGGGUUUUUUUUUUCUUCUCCCUUUGGGUGGGCGGUGUAUGAGGGGUGGUCCUGGAAGCCAGAUUAGGAUCGUUUCAUGACUUCCGUGCUCAGAAACGAUUGCUUUUAGAAGAGUGUCAGAAAAUUUCUGAAAUGUUCUUGAAUUAAAAUUUGUGUACAGAACAAUGACUUUUCAAAGAUCUGUAAAUAGAAAGAAAUGUGUAAAUAAAUGCUAUAUAUGACCAAACCA